AUGGCUGCUCACGUUUACAUGAGCAACUGCGCAUUCCAGCCAGACAGCGUCAACGUCCAGAUUUGGGAGAACGGCGUGGAAGUCUGCCGGACGGGCGGCGGGAAACACUGGGCAAGCGACCAGACUGUCUUCGAGCUCGAGUGCGACAACGGCGCCAAGGCCGUCGUGAAGAACAACGCGAGAUCCUUUGAGUAUACUGCAGCAGACGGCUGGAAGCCCGAAAUAUUCAGCGUCGACUACAGCUACGAGUCCACAGUAUGCUAUCAACUUGACAAUAAGACAAUCAAGGGCUCGGACAUGGAGAGUACUUGGGGCGGUGGUAACUGCGGCCUGUGCAAGGCGCCCUCGAUGUGUGGGCUUUACACCUGCAAGAAAAACGACGUCAGCUGUAGCUCCUAA